CUUUAAACAAACACCACCAAGCAGCAAGGAGUAAUUGUAGAAACAACCUGGAAGUUGAGGCUUUGUAUGGCAAGCGCAGUGGGGCGAGUCUUCAUACUGCCGGCUAUAUAAGAUCCUUGGUUAACCCAAACUUGAGGAACUUGAAGAUUUCUCAGCAUCACAAUCACACAAAUCAACGAACACAUAGAACUUAAACCACCUUUCGAAAGCUACCAUCAGAAACGUCAUCAUGUCUGCCAACAACAACAACACUUCCACUCUCAAGUCCUACGUCGACUCUGCGACCGGUGUGGUCCAGAACGCGUUGGGCAACAUCGUCGGCUCGACCGGCGACGAGGCCGAGGGCAAGACCAAGCAGCAGAAGGCUCAGGCCGAAUACGACGCAUCUCACACGGCCGCCAAGCUCCCCGGCAUGACAGUGUCCUCGGAAGGGGUCGCCAAGGACCACCCUGACCGCACCACCGGCUCGUGGAACCAAACGGCCGGAUCCGCUAAGGAAUUCGUUGGCGGUGUUAUCGGCAACGAGAGUCUGAAGCAGUCCGGCCGUGAGCAGAACCUGUCUGGCCAGGAGCAGGAGGCCCGCGGCCAGGUCAAGGACUACACCUCGGGUGUCGGUGACCGAAUCUCUGGCGCGGUGGGCAGCGCUGCCGCAGGUCUUACUGGUGACCGGACGAAGCAGACCGAGUACCAGAACAAGCACGACACUGGCAAGACGCAGCAGCGAGGCGCCGAGCACGACAUCCAGAAGCAGGCUGAAGCUCGCCAGUAAAUAGCGAUGAAGGAGCUGUGGAUGCUUAGCCGCGUGUACGAUAAGGGCGUUCAUUUUCUCACGGAUGGAUCAUGGCGCGGGCGGGACUUCUUGAUACCCUAGUACUUGGAAGGGGCUUCCGAUGAUUUGAGAGCUAUGGGACUCCGCCAUGAGGUAGCUUCAGGUCGCUUCAGGCAGCGGAGAAUAAAGAGAUUGGUGCCCAUGCCGCAAAAGUUGUUGACUGUGUUAAUACACCAGUGCUAUACAGUACACGUCGAG